AUGUUUUCCAAGGUCCUCGUCCUCGCCCUUGCCGCCUCUCCCCUCGUCGCCGCCCACGGCCGAGUUGAUGUCGUUACUGGCGAUGCGGGCGGCAACGGCACUGCCCUCGCCAUCCAGGGUGGCGUUGUGCCCCUCACUGGCAAGAACAAAGUCACCGAGGUAGACACCACCGUCUUCAACCAGCGCAACCCGGCCAGCGACGGCCUGGGCAAGACCACCGACACGGGCAAGAUCCAGGCCGCGGACGUGAACCAGCUCAUGACCCAGGCGACCGCGCAGGCGGGCACGACCCUCCCGCAGGUCAACUCGUCGCUCAGUGGCACCUGGCACGUCGUGACGUCCGACGGCUUCGGCCAGGUCUUUGCCGUCCUGGACCCCACGGCCACGGGCAACUUCGCCAACGGCGUCCCGCUGACCACGACGCUCGACGUCCCCGGCAACAACGGCAACCCGCCCAGGGGGAACAACAAGUACAAGAAGUCUGUGCUGCGGCGGUUCGCGGAGAGCGUCGGCGUCAUUGAGAAGCGCGCCACCAACAUCAAUGAGGACUUCCCCAUGACGUUCACUGUCCCCGCCGGCACGACCUGCAGCGGUACCGUUGGCGACCAGUCUAAUGUCUGCCUUGUCAAGAUUGCGAACAAGAACGGUGCCGGCCCCUUCGGUGGUGUCGUCCCUAUCCAGAUGGCGGGCGCUGCUCCCGCUGCGCCUGCUGCUGCUCCUGCUGCAGCUGCCCCGGCCGCCGGUGCUGCUGCGGCCCAAGCCACCGGUGCUGCCGGAACAGGCAAAGCGGCCAAGGCAGCCAAGGCUGGGAGUUCGAGGCGGGAGUUUGUUGCUUGA